AUGAAACUCCAGAGAUGGCUUAUCUUCGCUAAUGCUCGGGUCCGAGCUCAAUGGCCAUCAGCAGUCAUCUCCCAUUCCAGUCAACUCAGAGGUCUCAAUUCUUCCGCGCGUUCCCACUACAAGCACCUAGAGGUCCUCCAAGAUGCCAACAUAGACGCAUUUCGCGAGGGAUACUUUAUCCCAGAGCAACCUGCCCUUCUUCCACGCCGAUCCUUUGGCGACCUUCCCGCCUUUGAGCGGUGGUUUCACCACUCCACAACGGAGAACACCUCGCAGCUGAACACCGAAUACCUGGCGGCGCACGGCGCAGAGGCUCUCGUUCCUCUGGAGCUCACGCAAUCGCAGCAAUCCGUAUCGAACUCCGAAAAUAUAGAGAGCAGCGAUCCAGAACUUAGCUUCCGCAAGUUCCACGCGCCGCUAAGUCUCUUCCUCCGAUGGAUCCGCGAGGCUGAAUCUUCAUCGCACGCCCAGUCUCGUCUAUACCUGGCGCAAUGCCAACUCCUUGACCUUCCGCAAGUCCUCCGCGACGAUUUCCCAACGCCUCCAAUAGUAGCGACAGCGGGGAAGGGCGAUGUCUAUGAUACAAAUAUUUGGAUCGGAUAUCCUCCAACCUACACGCCUCUGCACCGAGAUCCGAACCCCAACUUGUUUGUCCAACUUGCCGGACACAAGACCGUGCGGCUGCUACCGCCGCGAGCCGGGCAGGUAGUUUUCUCGUAUGUGCAAGGGCAGCUGGGCCGAAGCGGGGGUAGAGAGGCGGCUACUUUCCGGGGCGAGGAGAUGAUGCAGGGGCGGGAGAGGGCUUUGCUAGAACAAGCUGUUUGGAAUAAUGUGAAGAAUGCAUCCGGACAAGCCUACGAAGGGUUUGAGGCAGAGCUAGAGGCGGGCGAUGGGCUAUUCAUCCCUAAAGGAUGGUGGCAUAGUAUCAAGGGGAUGGGUGAAAGCGUAACGGCCUCAGUCAAUUGGUGGUUCCCCGUCCACAUAACAUCGCAUCUGGUCUCUGCAGCAGCCAUAAAUAAUAUCAAAAUUGUAAAUCUGAAGUAG